GACGUGUUCAUUCACCCAUCAUCUGUACUCUUCCAUCAAAAUCCUCCGAAUUGGCAUAAUUUCCAUGUAUCGGGCUCAACUGAUGAAACUGAGACAGGCAUUUUCGACUCGGUAUGGCAAAGAUGCUUUAUCUCGAAUAGAUUUCAACACAGUCGACGGGUUUCAAGGCCAAGAGAAAGAUAUAAUUAUACUAUCAUGCGUUAGAGCUGGUCCAAAUAUAACCACCAUCGUGGACACGUCAUACACCAGAAAUGAUACUAUGAAAACAUCGUCCUUGAAUAAGAAAGAACAAGCGGACGGGAAGAUGGAAAUAUUUACCCCAGCAGCACUGAAGGCUUUCAACGCACGACGAAAGUUGGAGCUGGAUACAAGUAGUUCCAUUUCAGAACUGCAUGAAAAAGAGCAUGAUAUUCCUUCUGAAGUCGAAAUUCAUGGCCCUUUAAUAAAACAAAGGCUUGCGAGCGUGUCUAGCGUUGGUGAAGACAACGAGCAAACGGGCGACGUAACUUUGUCUUCAUUGAGCCGGAAACGAGCACUCUCAACCAGCGACGAUAUCCCACGACCGGCCCCUACGUCGCGUCCCAAUGUAUCAGACGGAAACAUUGAUCACCCUCACAAACCACAACCAGAAGGAUCUUCAAGCAAGCCCGUGCGCCCGAGGCCUCCUCCCAAGUCAAAGGCUCCUAACUUAUUCAUUCCCAAAAAGCCAGCUGUACGUUUACAAUAA